UUCCAACUAGUAUCAUACCCUCGUUCUGGCUCCGAAAAGAAGGCAGAAACUGAAGACUCUUCUGAUAUAAAGACACUGCGCGUCGGCAUCUUCACGUACAUGUCACCCAUCUCUUCCUUCGUCUCCAAACUCUUCUGUUUCGGAGCCAAGUCCAAAUCUACCACAAGCACAAUCUCAGAACCCUCUCCACAAUCAUACCCCACUCACAUCAGAUACACAAAAAUGGCUCCUGUGGUCCUCAUCCUCGGCUCUGGUCCUCGCGUUGGUGCAUCUGUUGCCCAGGCUUUCAAGAACAGCGGCUACAGCGUCGCUCUUGCGUCCCGUAAAGGCACCAACAGCGAGACCGAAGAAGGAUACUUCUCCAUUAAAGCCGACUUUGCGUCUCCCUCCAGCCUGCCCGAUGUCUUCUCUGCCGUCAAGUCGGAGUUUGGCACUGCCCCAAGCGUCGUCAUCUACAACGCUGCCGCCCUGACUCCUCCUUCGGACCCAACCUCUGUCCUAUCCGUCUCUGCCGAGGCUGUCACCAAGGACUUGAAUAUCAAUGUUGUCAGCCCGUACGUGGCGGCACAGCAGGCGCUCGCAGCCUGGGAGACACUUCCCGAAGAUACUAAGAAGACCUUCAUCUACACUGGCAACGCCCAGAACGAACUCAUCAUCCCCAUGCCGUCCAUGAUGAACUUGGGUGUCGGCAAGGCUGCAAGCGCGUACUGGGUCGGUCUUGCUGACACGCUGUACAAGUCCAAAGGCUACCGAUUCUUCUACGCCGAUGAACGUCAUCCUGAUGGCAAGUUCAAGGGUAUGGCACUCGAUGGCCCUGCCCAUGGCGAGUACUAUCCACAGUUGGCGCAGCACCCUGAGGGCGUGCCAUGGCAGGCCACUUUCGUGAAAGGCCAGGGAUAUGCCUCUUUCAAGUGAAAUUGACACCGCUCUCUUGACUAGUGAGGAAUCAUUCCCUUUGAAGUGAGCGAAUCAAGGUACGGAAAUCGGACGCGAGGCGUUGCGUAGGUGACGUGGUUGUCGGUCCCAUUAGUCGUUCAUUAUACUGCUCGCAUUAUAUUGUUCGUAGUCAGCAGAAUAAUUCAUGCUACCAUCAAACGAUC